AUGGGGCCCGUACAGCUUCAGCUUCAGCUGUUGGUGGUCUUGGUGCUCUCUGCAGCUGUCUCCGUGCUGGCGAACAUAGCCCUAGCGGGUCCAUACUCUGUGGAUCUCGAAGAAUUUUCACCGUGUGAUGGGAUUGGCAGUCUUUCUAUCGAUUUCAACGUUAAACUCGUCAGUAAGGAUGGCAGAACUGUUUAUGAUGGUAACAUGACGUUUCCAUACGACUUGGACGACGAGAACUUGCUGACCAAUGUAAAGACCUACAUGUGGGGUAGUACUGGUGGUUGGGGCGAAUUGUAUAAUGUGACACACUACGAUCUUAUACGGUACAUGAUGAACAACUUCCCAAACGUCUUCGCGAUUUUCUUCGGUCCCAUGGGCAUCACAGGAAAGCCAGUUCCAGUUGGUACCUACCACAUAGAAAACUUCAGACCUACGGGGUUCAAACUGAAAAAGAUGGAUGCUCUGAUGUUUGGUUGCUACAAACUUAUGGCGAUACAGUCCAAAGAUGAUGUUGACCUCGGUUGUCUUCAGUUCAUCACCUAUGUCAAGGAAGACGCCUCUGUGGUGCCAGCUGACAAGAUGAGCGGUACGCCGAACAACGGAUGAAAACACAUGGAAACACGAUCAUAAAAAUUAAGUCGCACGCGCAAACGGACACGUACACGCUACUGCCCAACUAAUAUGAGAUGUUUGUACAGAAAAUAAACG